AUGGCUGUUGGACAUGGUGACUCGAGUUCGUCGGACAAGAAACCGACUGAUGCCUUGAAUGACUUGCAAACUUUCAAUGCCGAGAACUUGCAGAGUAACAUGAAAGUUAUUUAUUACAGUCGGACGUUUCUGUCAAUCAUUGGUGGUGUAAUUGCUGGAAUUCUUGGAUUCAAUGGCGUGAUAGGAAUUGUUUUCUACUUCCUUGUCAUGGCUGUAACUUCGGCUGCACUCGCAGCCAAGGCAAAGUUCUCUGUUCACUCCUACUUUGACUCUUGGAACCGAAUCCUGCUUGAUGGCUUCUUUGGUGGGCUUAUGUCUUUUGUGCUCUUCUGGACAUUUGCAUACGACAUUGUGCACAUAUUCUGA